CACAGCGAUACUGUGAUCAAAUAGUAUUGCGCUUACUUUUGACGUGAGAACAGUGUUUUAUAUACAGUGUGUGGAAUGUGGAUUGAUACGAAUUUUUGAUUAAAUUCUGAGAAAAAUGGAACUAUUUUCAACUUGAGAACGAUUUUUUAUCGAGUGCUGAAAAUGUGAACGAAAUAAUUUUUGAUUGAUCAUAUCGGAGUAAAAUGAAUGAAAAUCGAGUUGAAAAAGUGAAAAAUUCGCUGCAAUUUGGAUUACUGAUUGACAUGAACUUCUGAAUUUACUACAGACUUCAGACUCAAAAAAAAAAUCACGCAAUUGUUUUAUUGAUGUCGGUUCACUUAGCGCGGCAUAAUAAAUAUUGAUAAUUUACAAGACAGUGAAGGAACGAGAAUGAACGAGUAUGAGUUUUUGAGUUUGUGAGUGCGCUAGUGUGUGUGUGCGUUUAGCUUGAUCAAAGUAUCGUGUUACACUUAUUUCUAUGAACUUUUGAAAUUUUUCGUUGUCUUUUAAAAACUUCGUGUAUUUACGCGCAUUGCUCAACAAAGUUAAUCCACAAAACCAAUUCAAUGGUUCAAAAGUUAUUCACAUAAAAAUUUGACUUUCAUCGAAUUUUAUUUUUUUUUUUAAAUCAUUUACAAUUAUAAAUUGUCAAUUAGCUGACCUUCAUCGAUCGAAUCUCUCAUUUGGUUGAAAUUAUGUCGACAACCGCGAACAACGUUAGUUUCAGAGAAGGUUGUCAAGCAGCUAGUGUAUUUGCAAUGGCGGGCCAAUUUUUUAUGCUUGUUGAACGUGCACCAUUGCCGAUUUACUUUCACCUGUUUAUCUGCGCAAAUCUACUAGCACAUUUUACUUGGCUCUACGGAUCAUUUAACUACAAAAAGGGCAUCAUGGUGAUACCAUUGAUUUGGUUUAUCAUCACGGAAUUUGCCUGGAUCGUGAUUUUUUAUCAACUGUAUACGAAUUCGGCGGGCAAAGUAUUCAUUUUCAUUGCAUGCUUUAUGACGGGAUUUUUCAUAUUUGCUGCUUUGGGCACACAUGCAACGAUCAAACGAACGGCCGACGAAAGCAGUACAAAUGAACAAACAACGAAUGAGGCUCCCAAUAGAAGUAAUCUGGAAAGUGAUCGUUUGAAUGUGUAAAAUCAAAUGUUUGGAAUUUAAUUUGUGGAAAGAAAAGAAUUCAUCUGAGACCAUCAGGAGGAGGAAGAAUUCAAGGUUUUUUUUCAAGUGUAUUUAAGAUUUUAUUUUGUUUCUUUAUUUUAAGACAUGCAUAUUGUAUUGUUUAAUUUGUUCAACAAAUUUUGUUGAAAAUGUGUAAUUUACUAAAGAUUAAACACAAUAUUUUUUAAAAUAAAUUCAGUGUAAUCUCGUCAUUUUGGGGAGGUGUUUUGAACCAAUUAAUAUACAACAAAAAUUUUUACAGUAUAUACUUACUGUAUUCACAAGGGGAAAAACAAAUUUGUCGCCGUAAAAUUGAGUUCAAUUGCGAUGUUAUUGCGUUAAAUGCCAUGUUUAGCCUUGACAAUUUAUUUUAAUAAUUUUUGUUUAUUUCUCACCACUAAUCACUAAUCGACAUUUUUCAUUUUCAAGAAAUUAUUGAAUUUACUGGUCGGAUAUAAUAUGAUCAAAAAUACAGGGUGACGCACUCGAAGCGUAACUAAUACCAAAGACUAUAACUUUUUUGUUUUUUUAUUGUUCUUAAGGCAUGAAAUUUUGUAAAAUGAUUAAAAAAUUUGAAUCAGCUUCCAGAUUUCAAUAUCACUUGCAUUGGAUCCAGUGCAACUGAAAAUAAAAUCUGGAAGCUGAUUCCGAAUUUUGUAUCAUUUUGCAACAUUUCGUGCCUUUAGAGCAAUAAAAAAUAUCAAAAAACAAAUAAGUUAUAGUCUUCUGUUUUAGUUACACUUCGAGUGCGCCACCCUGUACAUUAAAUAAUUUAAAAUGUUUUUUUUUUUUCAAAUCUUCGAUUGUUGAUCUACGAUGAAAUUGAACAAAUUCCGGAAUCAUAUUUAUAAUCAUUA